UUUGAAAAUUGUAGAAGGAUUAACUAAACCAUUUGCGAACACAGGGGGUCGCCAUGGCUUCAUAUUCAGAGAAGCAGGCCAACGGCAUUGGUGAGAAACAUCAUGAUCUAGUUUGUGUGACUGGAGCAGGAGGCUUCAUUGGGUCAUGGGUGGUGAAGGCGCUCCUCCUCCGUGGCUACCGUGUCCGGGGAACUGCCAGAGAUCCCGCUGAUCACAAGAACGCCCACUUGCUUGCUCUGGAGGGAGCCAAGGAGAGGCUAUCCCUGUGCCGCGCCAAUCUCCUGGACCGCGACAACCUCAUCGCCGUGUUCAGCGGAUGCCACGGCGUCUUUCAUAUCGCCUCACCGAUCUCCAAUACGGACCCGGACCUCAUGGUGGUUGCCGUGGAGGGAACCAAGAACGUGAUCAACGCGGCGGCGGACGCGGGCGUGCAGCGUGUGGUGUUCACCUCCUCCUACGGUGCCGUGCACAUGGACCCCAACCGGAGCUCCGACGCCGUGCUCGACGAAUCGUGCUGGAGUGACUACGAGUUCUGCGAGCAAACAGGCAAUCUGUACUGCUGCUCGAAGAUAAUGGCGGAGAUCACGGCGAAGGAGGAGGCGGCCAAGAGGGGGCUGGAGCUAGCGGUGGUGCUGCCUUCCAUGACGAUCGGUCCCGCCCUGCAGCAGAAGCUCAACCUGGGCAUCAGUCACAUCAUCCGCUACGUGACUGGCGCCAAGAAGACCUAUCGCAACGCCAUCACCGCCUACGUCGACGUCCGCGAGGUGGCCCGCGCCCACGUCCUCGUCUACGAGCGCCCCGACGCGCGCGGCCGCUACCUCUGCAUUGGCGCCGUCGUCCACCGCGCCGACUUGGUGCAGCUCCUCGGCGACCUCUUCCCCGAGUACCAGAUAACUGCCAAAUGUGAAGAUGACGGCAAGCCUAUGGCCAGGCCAUACAGGUUCUCCAACCAGAGGCUCAGGGACCUGGGCUUGGAGUUUACUCCCCUCAGGCAGACUUUGUAUGACACAGUGGUAUCGCUGCAGCAGCAGGGUCACCUGCUUCUGCCCGCGGUUCCAGGCCCAGAACGUGCACGCCUCUAAAGCAACUGCAUUAUCCUUAUGCAUUAAUACUGCAUUAGCGGAAUACCAAUAACUUGCGCCUGUCUAUGAAAAUAAUCCAAUAAUAUAUCCUAAAUAAAGUCAUGUAUAUGCUGGUGCAUACUAUGAUACUUGCCUUAUGCAGUUACUAAAAUGCGACUAGCACCGGUUCAUGUGUGUGGAAAUUAAAGAUCUAAACCCUAUAUAUGUAUUUGGUAUCCCCAUAAAAAAAGAAAUACUAUAUAUUUUAUGCCAUCUGUAAUAAUGUUGGAUUAUGACCAAAUGUAGAUUGUUAUUCUUUAUGCAAUCGUGUGUUGUUAUGCUAUUUGUAAUAGUGGCCCAUCA